ACUCUGACCCCUACGACAACUGAAUCUGACAAUAAUUCAACUCUGACCCCUACGACAACUGAAUCUGACAAUAAUUCAACUCUGACCUCUGGGACAACUCAGUCUCCUAGUGUCUCCUCACAGACUACCACUCCAGGUCCCCGUGAUCCUUGUGUGAUUGACCCCUGUAAAGGAACUGCUUCUUGUGUUAACCUGCAUUCUGAGCGUGUCUGCUUGUGUUCAGAAGGCUAUUACUAUAAAACUUCUUCAUCGUGUGAGAAAGGAAAGACAUUCCCUGGAGAGCUUACAAUGAAGGUGCCUGAACCAUCUGACUUGGAAGAUAAAAACUCCCAAGGCUAUCAAGACUUUCAUAACUACGUUGUCAACUUUCUUAAAAAUACAUUUAAUAAGCCUGGUGAUGGUUAUGGACAGACUAUAAUUCUUAAAGUGAGUGACUCCUCUUCACUGUCAGCAAGAUCUGCAGUGCGUGCUGCUGAAAAGACAGUCUACGUAUCAGUAGUGAACAUGUUUGAAGAAAGCACAACUCAAAAUGAAAGUACUGUAGCUGCUGCCAUUGAGAGGGCAGUUCAGAGCAAUGGAAACAUGACAGGCUACACUAGACAAGAUCUGUGUGACUAUUACGGCUGUGAAAAGGACCAGAACAACUGCCAGAAGGUUUUUCAAUGCAAAUGCAAACCUGGGCUGGCAAGGCCAAACCCACUGGUUCCCUUUUGUUUUCCUCAAGAGUGUCCUGAGACCUGCAAAGCAGAAGACAAGAAGCAAUGCAUAAUAAAGAAUAACGGAGCACUGGAGUGUGUGUGCAUGCCAGGCUACCAGAAGACUACCGACGAGAAGUGUGAAGAGUGUCCCUUCGGCUACAGCGGGAUGGAUUGCAAAGACCAAUUCCAGCUCAUCCUCACCAUCGUGGGUACCAUUGCUGGGGCUCUCAUCCUCAUCCUGCUGAUCGCACUGAUCGUCUCGGCAAGCUCAAAGAAGAAAAAGAAGGAUAUGGAGGAACAGAAUUUGAUUGACAAUGACUUCCACAAUGUACGGAUGCAGCAAACCGGCUUCAGCAACUCCAGCUUCAGCAACUUCGGAGCAGACAACAGCAUCUUCCCCAAAGUCAGGACGGGGACCCCCAAGCAGACCCAAAAUCCCUAUGGAAAUCAGCGAAGCAUGCCUCACCCUGACUACUAGAAUGAUAAGAAUUUGGAGUCCUCCCUAGCCCAGCCCACACAAGCUGUGAUCUUGAGUGUUUAGAGGACAAGAGAAGUGGGCAGAAACAAAGGCCUGACCUCCAGGGUUCUCUCCACCCCAUCUCUCAACCCCUCUGAGUGUGGACCUGGGUGAAGAAUGCAGCUUGCUGAGGACACCUAUGAAAUUAAAUACACAUAGACACUAUGAGCCUUGUUAAGUGUUGAUUUUCUCCAGUUAGGACAAAACGCUAAUGGUAAUUGGUGCAGGCUUUUCUUUCCUGGUGUGUCAACGGCAUUUCCAAUCUAGAGGGAGCACCCUCAUAACCCAUCCCUGGGCAGCGCCGCCCCUGAGCUCUGGACUCUGGCCACCCGUCAACAGCCAGUGGCUUGUGGUAGGGCAGGAGACAGAAGCAUCUCCCAGCUUUCUCGGGAGGGCUAUGGGAAUCCAGGAUCCUUCCGACGAGAAUGAGAAGGCUUGGACUAGCUCUGUCCUCCAUGGGGGCUUUCAAGUCUUUCAGGUGUUAGCUGGUAGGAGAAGAAAGGAGGAAAAACAUGAGCCUAGGUAGUCGAGAGAGGCCAAGGAAGCUAUGUGGGAAGGGCGAGUGAGGGAGAAGGGAGCAGGUGGCACCUGUUCCCUUGGUGGCCCUCCUCAGGAAGGAAAUGGGCAUGUCUCAGACCCUGAGAAAGCCAUAAAAGCUUAGUGAAGGCCCUAUGAUAGCACAGGCCUUCUGUCUGGAGCUGUGCCGAAGGGUCCAGAUGUCCACUCUAUGAUGCUGAUUCCACGGGUUCUUCACUGGGCCUCAGCCUGCUCCACGAUGGUGGCUUUUAGCAGUGCGCCGCCUCUCCCCGCCCCCCACCCCCACGGGAUAAAUACACUCAGCGGUCUUUUUAAAUGUCAAUUAUGGCCCUGUGUCUG